CAGUUUUACCAAACAGUGGUGUUUGCUCUUUCAUUUCUACAACUUAAAGUUACUGUUAUUAAAUUAUCACCCUUCUUAGCCAUGAAUCCGGGUAGGUUAGGGCUGGCUCCGAUCGUGCAGGAAAAUCCUCUUUGGAUAUCGUGGCACGAUUCCAAUUGGAUACCGGUUUUGAAUCCCGGAAAUGUGAUGGACUACUUUUCGGAAAAAUCUAAUCCAUUUUACGACCGUACGUGUAAUAAUGAGAUUGUACGGAUGCAGCGCCAAAGCUUAGAACUUUUAAACAAUAUGACCGGGGUUGAGUACAUUCUGCUACACGUACAAGAUCCUAUUCUCUAUGUGAUCCGUAAGCAGCAUCGGCAUUCUCCAACGGAAGCUACACCUAUGGCGGACUACUACAUCAUAGCCGGAACUGUGUACCAGGCACCAGAUCUGGCCAGCGUAUUCAAUUCAAGGAUUCUAUCGACCGUACAUCAUUUGCAGACGGCAUUCGAUGAGGCCAGUUCCUACUCUCGCUACCACCCAAGCAAAGGAUACUCAUGGGAUUUUUCCUCUAACAAAGCCAUUGCGGAAAAGACGAAAACACAGACGAAAAAAGAGGCUCCGGUGAAGGAGGAACCGAGCUCCAUCUUUCAGCGUCAACGGGUGGAUAUGUUGCUCGGAGACCUUCUCAGAAAAUUUCCUCUUCCGCUGCCGCAGGUUGCAAACAGUACAGCUGGCGGAACUGGAACCGAUAUCAAUGCAAAUAACAAUCACGGCGGUGCGGGCAGUGAAAACGACCACUCAGCUUCAGAUCACACUAUUAUUAAACAGGAGCCUUCCGAUGGCAGUGGCGGUCGGGGCGGAAACAGCGAUGCUCCCGUAGAGAAGAAAAUGAAAAUGUAGUUUUACACUAAAUGUCAGCGUUUAAAAAAAUAUAUUUAAUGAUUAAAAUCCACUCUCAUUUAUUGAAAACCCAAAGAAAAUAAACUAUUCCAUCGGAGCGUACCUCCUGCAGGAUGUGGAGAUGGCGCAACAUCUGC